AUGUCUGACCCUCAACAAGUGUCCCCCCAUACAGUCCGUCCACCCUGUUCUCCCGUGUCCCCACACCCUUUACACACUGUGUCGAACGGGGAGAGUGCAAAGAAACCGGCAUCAAGAAAAUGGUGGGUAACACAAGAAUUCAAAUGUGGAAACGAGUCUGCAGAGAAAGCGACCCCUUUUUUGUCUCUUUUUUAUAGUUUCUCCGCUUUAUCUUUGUUAUCACCUGCUUUAACUUUGAUCAAUCGAUGA